AUUGUUGGGGGUUUGCUUGCUUUGUUAACAAAAAGCUGCAACAAAGUUUGGCCAAUCCAAUCCAAUCCAAUCCAAUCCAAUCCAAUCCUAUCCUAUCCUUGACGCCACCAUUCUCAAACCUCCGAUUCAUUCCCUUUCAAUCGAAGUUACCCACUUCCCCUUCGUUUUCUCUUCUUGAUCCUCAGUCCCCAUCUCAUUUCACCUUCCUCUCCUUUUUUCAACCAUUUCCGACAGCUCCCCUUCGCCUAUUUCCUUCUAUUUACACUUCCAUGUCCCCUUUUCCCUCUUUCUUUCCUCUUUUCCCCAAUGCCUUUGACCCUUAUCCAAUUUACCCAUUAAAACCCAACUGGGUCUUCCUCGUCGAUUGCUUUCCAGGUUUAAUCUGGACUGACACGGUUGAGAAGCUCGGGCGGGUGGAUUUCGAAUAAGGAAAGGUCGUUUUCAAUGAUCAAUUCUGGUUAUUUCAUUUCGGGGCCUCCGUGUAACUACAAUGGCACUGCUUCCUUUAUCUCGAAUUUGUCGGUGGAAGAAGAUGGUGCAGGUGCAGAUGUUAGAGAUGACAAUUCUGUUUCUCUCCCUGCAUCUUUCUGGGUUAGGGUAGCAAUGAGGGUGUCUAGAGCCAGGUGGUUCAUUUUCUUACGAAGAGUAUUUCACUACCAGAAUGGAUCGAGGUCAAAUCUCGGGUCCGAUCCUUUCAAUUCUAGCUCGUGGAUGGCUAUGGAACUGAUAGCUAUGGUGUUUCAGCUGGCCAUCACUGUGUUUUUUCUCGCCAUUUCAGAGACAGAGAAGCCUGUUUGGCCUAUGAGACUGUGGAUAGUUGGUUACGAUCUUGGCUGCGUUCUUAGCUUGUUGCUUCUCUACGGACGAUAUUGGCACGUUUAUUUAAUGCCGCGCGUUGGCCUUCCCGACAUCGAGCAGCGGAGGAGCAGUCAAGCAUCAAGGAGCUUGCGCUUGAUGAACAAAUGUCGGUCGUCUCUUGAACUUUUCUUUGCCAUAUGGUUCGUAAUGGGCAAUGUUUGGAUCGUCGAUUCUCGCUUCGAUUCUUUCCAAAGAGCUCCCAAGCUUCAUCUGCUAUGCGUCUUCCUGUUAGUUUGGAAUGCCAUCUGCUACUCUUUUCCAUUCAUACUUUUUCUUCUGCUAUGUUGCUGUGUGCCAUUGAUUAGUAGCCUUCUCGGGUAUAACAUUAACAUGGCAUCGACCGACAAAGGCGCAUCGGAUGAUCAAAUAUCCGAGCUACCUUGCUGGAGAUAUAAAGCAAGCUCAAAACAACCUGAUAGUAACAACAAAGGACUUCCAAAGGAGGAUCCAGAAUGUUGCAUUUGCUUAGUGAAAUACAGAGAUGAAGAAGAAGUAAGAGAGUUGCCUUGUUCGCAUUUGUUCCAUCUCAAGUGUGUAGAUAAGUGGCUAUCGAUCACAUCUUCCUGCCCUCUCUGUAAGCAACAACUUCAAAGAUAAAAAUCACUUCAAAUUCUGUUCUUUUUUGUUCCCACACAUGAAUUAGUUGAAUUAGUUGAAUGAGUUGAAUGAGUUGAAUGAGUUGAAUUCAUAGGCCCAUAAGAACAGAAUUCUGCUGCUUCCACUGCUUUUAAGUUGCGAGAACUUUCUUGGAUUGCAGUGUCUACAUGUCUGUCUAUGUGUAUGUAUGUAUAGUAUUUGUUUGUUUUACCGACACGUAGAAUGGUUAUCGUCCAUGUUCGUGCUUGCCUGGACUUUGUUUCA